CAGGCAGAGCACUCUCUCUGGCAGCCCAUCCCGCACGCUGAGGCCAGGAGGCACCGGGGUGCUGGCGGGGGGUGACAGCAGCACAGCCCCUCACGGGCCGGCGCAGCCCUGCCCCGCGCUCCUGCCGCCUUCCAUCCUGGGAAUGGCCGCGGAGAGCAGCCGGGGGAAAGUUUCGGACGAAAACCCCGGUAGUGGGCACGGGCAGCAUGCCCGCAAGCUCCACAGCUCGCCACACUCAGCAGCGCUCUGAGGGGCGCUCGGCAGGGGCACUAAUGAAGGGCGGAGCGCCCUGUACAAACCACCUGGCGGCCAGGUGAGGGGCGGGCUCUGCUCCCAGGAAACCGGCGGGAGCACAGCGGAGGUUCAGGUACCUGCUGUACGCCUCGGGGGACUUCGUGAAGGUGCACAGCGUGAACACCGAGGAGACCCUGCGGCUGCUGUGCGGCCACGCCGACCUGGUGACCGGCAUCCAGCUGAACCCGCAGAACCACAUGCAGCUCUAUUCUUCCUCUCUCGAUGGCACCAUUAAGCUAUGGGACUUCAUGGAUGGCAUUCCUAUUAAAACUUUCACUGUAGGACCCAAACUUCUGGCACUGUACACACUUGCUAGUGCUGAGGACUCAGUGUUUGUUGUCAUUCCAAAGCAGGGUGAACGAGAUACAUUCCAGCUGGUCUCAGUUAAACUGACAAAAGGAGCAGGCCAAGAUCUGGAAGGCAAGGAGCUCUCAGUGGUUCUGGAUGGUGUGGAUGCAUCAACGAAGCAAAUUGCUUUUGGAAGAGAAGAUUCAUAUGUGGUAUCAGUGAAGGAUCUGAAUCUCCAAGUUUAUUUUUUUAAACGGAAAUUGUUGAACAGGUUUUCUUUAAGUACAGCGAAGACAAAAGGAGACAAUCGCUUCAGUUGUGUCGUGUGCCAUCCUACAGAGGAUUGCAUUGCAACUGGCCAUGCUGAUGGAAAGAUUCGCCUCUGGAGGAAUUUCCACGACAGGAAAGCGUACACAUAUUCUGCACUGCACUGGCAUCAUGAUAUUGUCAUGGAUCUGGCUUAUUCUAUGGAGGGAACCAGGUUGCUGAGUGGUGGAGUUGAAUCUGUUCUAGUCCAGUGGCACAAUGAGUCUUCAUGCCAGAAGGAUUUCCUGCCUCGUUUGGGGUCUCCUAUCGAGUGCAUCUCCAUGUCCUCUGAUGGUGUUCUCUGCUGCACCCUGCACACAGACAACAGAAUUACAAUAAUCAACAGCAACCUAAGGUUUUCCAGAAGUAUUCAAGGGCUAAUCAAAAGUAGGGAUGUCAAGACUGGCCUAGUGGUUGAUCCUAGAACCAAAGCUUUGGUCCUGAAUGGAGAGCCAGGCCACUUGCAGUUCUAUUCCCUCCAGAGUGACCAACAGUUGUUCAGUCUGGACAUUGUGCAGCGGCAGUACAUCCACCAGGAGGGCCUGAAGCAGUCAGACCUGGUGAAGGUCGCGUUCAGCGCCCGGGGCACCUGGCUGGCCACGGUGGAGGAGAGUGAGGAGGUGACUGACCCCGAGCUACAGCUGAAGCUGUGGUUCUACAGUGAAGAAACACAAAGCUUUUCACUGAACACCAGAAUAAAUACGCCCCAUGACAACCACAUCACAGACAUGUGCUUUCGUGACAUGGAUGAACUGGGGGAUGACUCUCUCAUACUGGUAACAACUGGCAGAGACUGUGUGUUUAAAGUCUGGGUGAUGGUGGAAGACUCUGACCCAGAAGCACACCAGAGUGUGAGCUGGAGCUGUGACUUCGUGGGCAGCUACCACAACUACCAAGCUACAAACUGCUGCUUCUCAGAAGAUGGCUCUCUGCUUGCUGUUAGCUUUGAAGGAACUGUCACUGUAUGGGAUUCACUUACUUGGGAUCUUAGGUGUACAUUUUGCCAUCCACCUGGAAAUAUAAGGAACAUCUGCUUUGGGAGACUAACAUGUUCCAAGUACCUUAUUGGUGCCACUGAUUAUGGCUUUCUGUGUUGCUGGAACCUGCUCACUUGUGCAUUGGAGUGGAGUGCCCACCUCAACGUCGUAGUUCUGCAGGCUGAUCCCCUUUCUGAACAUAUUGCUGCAGUCUCAUGGCUCUCCAAAGAGUCCAGCUUGUUUGUGUUUAAACCAAGUGAGCCACGGCCAGUCUACAUCCAGAGAAAUCUUUGUAAAGAAAAGAUCCUGCUUGCUGCUUUCAUUCCAAGAGAUGAACCUGAAAUCAUGAGCUCAGAAAAAUACCUUUGGCUAAGAAAAUCCCAACUGUUUUUUCUUACAGAUACACAAGAGCUAAUGACACUUAGCACAAAGUCUCUGGAAGAAAGGCUCACGCCAUCAAGCAAACAGCUGGCAGUAGAAGAAAGUCUUCCUGUGACACCAUUUAGUGUGCUGCUGGGAAAGCACAGACGUCAGCAAGCACAGGAGGAUACAGACCUUGGAAAACCAGUUGUUCAUACCAAGCAGGAGCAAGCUUCACCUGCUGUCAAAGAGCUUUUGCACACUCCAGCACACGUUUUGCCAUCUGCUUCCUUCCUCUGCACUAUAUUUAUUAACUCAUUGCUCAUCUCCAAAGAGAACAAAAGUGCUGAAGAAGUUGCUGAUGAAGUAGAAAUGGAAAGUGAAAAAGCAGAGGAUGAUUCAGAUGAGGAAGAUGUCACAGCAAUGGAACAAGAAGAUACAAGCCAUAUGGAAUUAUUAGGAGAGGUUACAUGUAAACUGUCUAAAUCCCAGGAAAAGGAGCUACGAAAAAUAAGAAAAAUGGACUACAGUUGGAUAUCAGCCUUCUAAACAGACAUCUUACUUUUUUUAUACUGCAAGUUGAAGCUUUGUGGAUGAAAUACUCUUUAAAAAUUUUUUUCAGGUCCUCUGGCCAAAAAUUUUAUCAGCUUCUCUUUCGAAAGGAAUGCAGAACUAGGGGGAGCGAUUAAAGUUUUGAAAAGCUG